AUGGCUGCACCCGCCGUUGAGCUCGGCGCGACUCAUUCCGCCGCGCUCGGCGCGUUUCACUCCGCCGCCGCGGAUGCCGCGCGGAUUCCGCAGCUCUCCGCGCUUGUCCCCGCCUCCGCAUUUCCGCCCCCCGCGCCGCUGACACGAAACCUCCUUUCCAAUCUCUUCCCCUCUCUCCUCCCCCUCCUCCCCCCUCCUCACUCCUCCUCCACCCUCCUCCCCCUUCCCCACUCCUCCUCCCCCUUCCUCCCCCCUCCGCCUCACUCCCCCACCCUCCUAACAUCCGCUGCUCCCUCCCUUACCUCCCCCUUUCCUCCCCCAUGCCUCCAUUUUCCCGCACCAAUCAGAGGCUGCCACAUCAUCACCUCGCAGAUCAUGCGGGCCGUGCCAGAGAUCGCCGAUGCUGCACGCAUCGGCCAGCCUCACACAGUGCUGCACACCUCCGCCAGUCUCACCAUCAACGAGAAUGCCAGCCCAGACGUGCCUCUGGACAUGGAAGACGCUCUCAACCGCAUUGCACCGGAGGGAAACCAUUACCGCCACCUGGACGAGGGUUAUGAUGACAUGCCGGCCCAUGUCAAGUCCUCUCUGAUGGGCUGCUCUCUCACCGUCCCCAUCAUGUCUGGUCGCUUCAAGCUUGGCAUGUGGCAGGGCAUAUAUCUAAACGAGCACCGUAACUACGGGGGCGCAAGGCAGCUGUGCAUUACCAUUCAGGGGGAGAAGCGCGCCGAUGGGCGGUGA